ACACAUGUCAUCACCUGACUGCGCUUCUUCAAGUACGGUCUCUCUCUCACCUCUUCCGUUUUCCAUCCCAGUCGCACACAAGAGAAAGAGAAAGAGAAGGAGAAAAAACUAGAGAGAGAAACUACUGGCUGGGCUGUGGAAUGUAAUGAUGAUGAUGGUGGUGGAUAAGGCGGAGAAGGGAGCCGCCGGCGGUGGCGGUGGCGAUGGCGGCGUUGUAGUAGAUGAUAUGGGAGAGGGGAUGCAAUGCAACGACCAUCCUUACAGGAACAACCCCGGUGGGAUCUGUGCCUUUUGUCUACAAGAAAAACUUGGUAAGCUUAUCUCCUCUUCUUCCAAAUCAACUCCUACCUCCUUCCCCGUCGUCCCCUCCUCUUCUUCGUCGUCGCCUUCUUUCAGAUCUGAGGGCGGCGGUGGUGGCGUUGCUAGUUCCUCUUCCUCGCUUUCCCUCUCCUUUUUAGUUCCUCCUCAAUUGUCAACAUCUUUCACCACCACUACCAUCAACAACAGCAAUAACUGUAUCAACAAUAACCAUAACGAUUACUCUGGUGGUCAUCAUUAUGAUCUCCAUCAUUCGAGGCGAGGGUGGAUGAUUCCCUUUCUGUCACACCAGAAUGAUAAAGCCAAGAAGAUGGCGAUGGCGUCUAGUUCUAAUGCCAAUCUUGUACUCGAAAGAAGCAAAUCGUCCUCUGUAACCAGGCGGCAGUUCUUUGACGCCAAUGAAUACAGCCCAAGGAAGAAAAAAUUGUGGUCCUUCUUUAACGUCUCCAGUACUAGAAGAAGAAGAAGAAGCAACAGGGAAAAUGGUGAAUCCAAGCCCACCAUCCAUCCAACCAACACCACCACCACCACAAUCACCGCCCAAUCAGCAACAUCGGCAGUGGCAGUAGCAGUAGCAGCAGCAAGGGACAAGGGGGUGGUAGAGUCUUCUUCGACGAUGAGGAUGAGGGGAGAUUAUGCGGACGAUGACGAAAGCCCUAACAGCAGCCACACCUCGUCCUCCUCGUUUGGCCGCAAGGUUGCCAGAUCCAGAUCUGUCGGAUGUGGUAGCAGGAGCUUCUCCGGUGACUUCCUCGAGAGAAUCUCGACUGGAUUCGGUGACUGUACCCUGAGGAGGGUGGAAUCACAGAGGGAAACAAAACCCAAAAGCGUCCAUCAUCAUCAUCACCACCAUCGAGCCGGCACAGCUGCUGCCGACGAGGCUCAGCGUAUGAAGGAGAGGGUCAAAUGCGGUGGCAUCUUCGGAGGAUUCUCUUCCUCGUAUUGGCAACAAUCUUCGUCGGCAGCAGCAGUGGUAGUAGCCACAGGAGGACCACCUCACAGUCGAAAUAAAAGCUGGGGCUGGGCUUUUGCUAGCCCCAUGAGAGCUUUCACCAGACCUACUACCACUACUGCUAAGCCUGACGACAAGGACGACGGUACUAGACGAGACAUGCAGCAGGUUACGACGCCAAGCAAAGCUUCCUCCACCAGCGGCGGCAUCACCACCACCACCACAACAACGGCCAGCAAUGAAACCACUCCUAACCUCUCGGCCAUUCCUUCUCUGUUGUCUGUCCGGGUAUAAUUAAACUGAUUUGAUCAUUGGUUUCCUCUGCUUCUUCUCCAAUUAACCCAAGAUAUGCUUGUUGAUUUGAAAAUUUUUGAAUUAUGGUGGUAGUCUGGUGGAGGGGAUCAUUGUUUUGAGUCUUCUCACUGGUGGAGAGUAAUAGUAUGGUGCAUAAUGCUUCUGGUUUCUGCAUGCCGGUGUCCAGUGAGUAGUCCCAUCUCUGAUGCUGCUCCCCUUUUGUCCUUUUGUCCUUUUGUCCUUUUGUCCUUUGAACUAUAAUGGAAUCUCUCAAUAUGUAUUUAAUAAAAAGUAGAAAUUGCCAUUAAUUAAUGGGUUAUAUGAUCCAGUCUUUAUUGCUUGACCGUCUAUGUCUUUAUCUCUCUAGAAUCUAUAGAUAGAGUCUACCGGGCCAGCUGUCCCUCCCUCCUUCUUUACAUCUAGGUAUAAUGGUGGGAAUGGAUUUAAUUACAGGUAAUCAAUCUAUGGGAAAAGGUAUAAGAGAGUUAAAGAUGUGACAAGGAGAUGAAUAAAAAACUAUUUUUUUUUGUUGUUUGGAUGAA